UUGCUUAACACCGCGAGGACGACACGGUUGCGCCACGACGGCGAACACGCUGCUCUCACGUCGGGACCAUCCCUAUGAAGUGAUCUACGUCACGUUAUUUAUUGCUUGCUCCUUCGGAAAUGACCAAGUCUCGAUCGGAUGUUAAUUGAAGAGAGUUACGCGCGCGUUUUAUCGCCUUUAGGUCUCGUAUACACCUGGAGAAUAUCUGAAAAUCAUUCUGUGACAGGAAGAUACCCAAUUUGGCUCUAACAAACGCGUAAUAUCAAUUGUCGAAGAGGGAUGGUAUGGACAUGGGAGUGAUCAAAACGUCUUGGAUAUAAUUUAUGUAAGAGACGUACGCAAAACAUACGUCGAUUGGCGUUUCUUAUCGAGAGUGCCGAUGAAUCUUGGUCAAAACUCUCGGAAUAGUGUUGAUUUUGACCUUCGAAUCAUUCCGUUUGCGCGUUUCUUAGGACGUGACCAUCAGGUUUGGAUGCGUCGAUAUCAUCCCCAUCGUGUCUGAAGCGAAAUUUUACCGGUUACCUUUGAAAUCAAUCUUUCUCUGUCAAAGGAAAUGAAAGAAAAUGAUUUUGUCAGUACAGAACAAUUUGAUCAGGCUUGCACGUGCUUUUAUGAGUGAAACUUGACUAUUAUGCGCGACACUCUUUGCGUGUGUUGUUUAGUGUUAAUGCCAAAAAGAAAAGGCAAACUUUCGAGUUAUACUGAAAAAGUAACUUCGCAUACACGCGCACAAAACAGUGUCGUGACAAACGACGGACAGAGCAAUCUGUACCUGAUGACAACGAAAUAUUUAUUUUAACGAAGUGAAGAACACAAAAGCAAAUAAAAAUCAUACAUCGUCGCGAUAUGAACGAAAAAAAAUAGAAUUUCUCGAGCCCCACUUGAUGGAACCUAUUGUUCGCAUUGCCGACGGUUAACGAAACAUUGACAAUCGUUUGCUGGCGAUAUCUUUCAACACAACGAAGAUAAAUCGAAAUAAAUCGUAUUCUGUCAUCGCAGAGUACUGCACAUUCGCUGUAAAUAUUUAUUAAAGGAGCUUAGUUUUCAUAAAUAUGUACGAAAACGCCAUAUGAUUUGUUAGAUCUAUGCGUCGCUAGGCCUCUUUUUAUGCCAAUCGUGCACGUAAUACGACUUUAAGAGAAUAAAAUUUUGAACGGCCUUAAAGAAAAUACUUUGUAACUUCAAUGAAACAUUGUAUGGCAAUAAUCGUCGCACAAUGAUAUCAAAGUAUAGCAGAUUUGUAAACGUUAUUACGUUCAUUUUGAGAAUUUUUUUGCAACAAAUCCUAUUGAAACUAGCGUUAACUUCGUAAAAAAUUUUGCAACAUAUUCUCUAAUUUCUGUGCUUAAUUUAUAAUCCAAUACCGAGAUCAAGAAUCCAGGAAAUAUACAACGAUUCUCUUCGAUCGAGUUCCUGAACGUUAGAAGAAUCUUUCGAAGAAACCGAACAACGACCCAGGAGACCUAAUAUUUAUAAUCACACGAAGACAGGAUAGAUAAGUUCGUUCUCUUGAAUGUGCACUUUGAUGUUGGCCAGUUUCGACUCAAUAUCCGCCUGUCAGCACCCGCAUUACAUGCCUAUCGUGAAAUUCAUGGAUCGAGGAUCGACACAGAUCACUUGGCUUCCAAUGAACAAGUAACUGAGAAUGCUUUGAACCCGUGCGAUCUCAGUCAAAGGAUCCGAAGAUGCCGCAGCAGCAGCAACGAUCAGCUUUCGCGAUUCAAGAGCUGCUGGGCCUGGACGGCACCGGGAACCGGAGCGGAACCGAUCGCGGGGGAUCCCCGCAAAGUUCGCCGCCCGCCGGCGUCUCGGCUGUUUCCUACGCUCCAGCUGCACCUCAUCACUCGAAAUUAUGGGAAUACAUGCCCAGCUUAAAUCAUUUAGGCAAUCUGGGGAAUCUGGGAAAUCUGGGGAAUCUGGGCAAUCUCACGGCCUCGAGGAUGGCCUACCUGAAUGCGCAGGCGGCCGUGGCGGCCGCCUUUCUACCGCCGCCCCAUCCCCACCCGGCUCACCACGUACCGCAUCAUCAGGUACAUCAAUCGGGCCAACUUCCGGCAUCGCCGCCCGGCGUCAACUUGCAUCCCGCGGCACAUGCGCAGCAUGUACUUCCUGGUACGGCUGUAACCACGAAUCAUCAUCAACAUAGCCCAACUCAGCAUACGCCGCCUCAUGGAUUUUCGCAAUCAAAAGGAUCAUUUCCAAAUACGAGUCCCGGUGUCGGACACAACAUAGAAUCAGGGAAGGAUUUCACAGUGGACGGACUCUCGGGUUUCAGCAAAAAGAAGAAGAAGAAGCGUCGUCAUAGGACGAUCUUCACGUCACAGCAGCUGGAGGCGCUGGAGGCAGCCUUCAAGGAGGCCCAUUAUCCUGAUGUCUAUGCUCGCGAGAUGCUAAGUCUGAGAACCGAUCUACCUGAAGAUAGGAUACAGGUAUGGUUUCAAAAUCGGAGAGCAAAAUGGCGCAAAACGGAGAAAUGUUGGGGCAGAAGUACUAUAAUGGCGGAAUAUGGUUUAUACGGAGCGAUGGUUCGACAUUCCUUACCACUUCCAGAAACGAUUUUAAGAAGUGCCAAGGAAAAUGAAUCCGUUGCACCGUGGUUGUUAGCUCAAUCGUCUAAGACAAGCAGCUUUAACCAAGAUUUCGAAUGUAAUCAAGAACUGAUUGACUGUGGACCUGUAGGGAUGCAUCGAAAGUCGCUCGAGGCAGCAGAGCAUCUCAAAUCUGGCGGAGAGGACAGUGGUAACGAUCAAAACGGAAGCGGAAGCAGCCCCAAUCAUAAUCAUCAUCAAGGAGGACCAACCAGUUCGGAAAGCGGACAGGAGAGUCAGGACGGCAUGGGACCUUCGUCAUCCACGAGUGUUGUACAGGAUACAGAGCAACUUAGAAACGAGAGUAUUGCCUGUUUAAGAGCGAAAGCGCAACAGCAUCAACUACAAUUGAGCCUGCAGCCAACAUCGACACCGCCGGGCGGAUCGUAUCCGUCGGCACCACAAUCCAGCACAUUGCACACCUCGGUUUAAUCGCAAUUAUAUAAGCUCUUCUCUCCUGAUAGUUCCGUGUCCGAUAUUUUUGCUGCUGAUACGGAAGCACAUCGUCCUGCCCGGCAAACUGUCGUGAAUACAGGUGAAUCGGCAGCAUCGAUUUCAAAAUCAGUGAUAUUUUUUUAAUGGAUACCUUCGACGAAGACGGAUUCUUUCCGGAUAAGGUAUAAGGCUCUCAUCGGAAUCGCUCAUAAUCAGAUUGCAGCGAUCGCGGUGAUCGUUGACGAUCUCGAAUUGACUUCCGAUUGACUACACGAUUCUGAUACACCACAUUCCUCGCACCAAAUUUCGCAAAUAUUUGCGGGGAUCAAGAUUAUCCGUGAUGCAGACUAAUCUUUAGUGAACAUCAAAGAUACACGCAAGAGAUAUGUACAAGCACAACGAAGCAUGACGAACCAACCGAUCGAGCGCCUGUUUUGCGUUAUCCGUUUACAUGUCUCACGCAAUUAGGCAGGCCUAAAUCGACACAGAUCCGUGUAAAUCCACCGCAACGACUUGACGUACAAUGAUAAAAGACAUUAAUGGUAUCUUCAUAAUAUGUUUCGAGAGAAACGAAUUAUUGCCGGAAAGGGAAUGAUGGGACUAAUUGUUAAGUUUAAUCUUUAUCAACGAAAUAACAUAGCCUACUGACGAACGAUACAACGUACAAUGAAAGAUCAUAAAAAUUUCGUCAACAAAAAUUUUCAGAGAGAAAAUUUUCCAAAAAAAUAAAAAUCGUUGACGAAGGACGAGGCUUGAUUAUUCCAGGUGGCAAAUCAAGAACCGACAGAUUAAGAGUGAACAAAACUACCUAAGUAGAAUAUAAUCGCUUUUCAUAGUGCGACAGUAUACGUAUGCUUGUACGUGUGUGUAUGUGUGUGUCUGUGUGUGUGUAUGUGCAUAUGUAUGUAUGUAUGAGUGUGUGUGUAUGUGUGAAUAAACGGGCGAAAGGAAAAGUGAUAGAAUGGAGCGUGAUAAAAAAAUUUGAAGAUUCGAAAAUUUCAUCUUCAGAGCGUAAAUUUGCAACGAAUGAACAACGCAAUGAACAAAGGAAAUAAAAAGGAGGAAAGAGAGAUUGUAGGGAAUACUUAGCAAAAUAACAGAUUAUAUCAACACAUCGAAAAAGAUAGGCCCGAAGACUUCAUAUUAUACAUAUAUAUAUAACAAGCGCCCCUAAGACUUACAAGUUUACGAUAACAUGCAAGCAUCGAAAGCUGAAUUGACCGAAUAAACUCAUGUGUGUAUUUAAAAGGAAGCGAGAAAGAGAGAGAAAGAGGGAGAGAAAGAGAGAUAUUAUAUGUGUAGAUGUGUAAAACAAGCAAAGAGAAAAAUAGAAAGAGGGAGAAAGAAAGAGAGAGAGAAAGAGAGAUGUGUAAGAUUUAUUAGCGAAGACUUCCUAUAUGCAAGUACUUAAAGAAAAACAUAACUGUUGUCAAAUGUGCAAUAUAUCGAUAUAAGUUCUAGCUCGAUAAGGUAUACUUUAGUGACAGAUACAUCUUACGCGAGGUGGUUGCGAUGGCGCCGGUGUCUCGUCGGGCGGUUGUUAUAUAAACAAAUUUUGCAAUAUGUCUUCUCGACAAUUAUAUAUAUAUAUAUAUGAACUGAAAGAAAUUCGUGGAAUAUCGCUCGUCUAAUUCUUAUGCUUUUUGUUCCUGCAAAUUCAUCUACGUCGUUGCACCGUUGUUUCGGAGCGCCCGCCUGCUGUAUAUAAUUAUAUAAAUAAAAAAGUAUGUGCGAAUGUAAAAGAUGACUCUAAAUUAAAUGUGGUUGCGAGACAUGCUGAAUCGAACGAAAAUCUUUUCGCGAGCACACUUUUGUGAGAUCUUCAAAUGAAAAUAUUGAAAUACAAAAGGAAAGUAUUUGCUUU